CCCCCUGGCGGUCAGCAGCGCGGGUGCAGUGUAGGAGGAGGAGGAGGAGGAGGAAGAGGGAAGAAGCAGCAGCAGAAGCAGCGGCCAGCCGGGGCUGGGACGAAGUCCCGAGGGGUGUGGGAGUGACCUGGGGCCGGACCUCUGACCUCAGGCACGCCCCAUGCCAACCUCCGAGGCCGACAGGCGCUCCGGCCCCUGCUCGCCGGGCCUCGGCGCGGGCCCUGCGGCCGUGCCGGAGCGCAGCGAGACCCCGACCUGGGCCGGGCUCGGCGCUACCCCAGCGCGGGUGACAGCUCUCCGAGCAGCAUCCCCGAAAGAUGGAAGAGAAAAGAAUGCUGUGUGACUUAGAGGAGGAGAACCUUACCAGUUCCCAGGAGGACAGCACUGAAGGUGAUGUGAAGACAUUUUGGACACAAUUGGGAGGUAGAAGAGUGGAUGUCAUAUUUGAGCAGGUGCAAAAUGUGCUGUCAUUGCUGAAGGAAAAGAUCAAGAAUGGAACUGCAACAAACCAAGAAUGCUGGCAGGCUUGGGCACUGGUGAAUGAAGCUAAUCUAGGUGAUCUCUUAACCUUGGCAAAUGUAAGCGAUGAGUUGAAUGGAGAUGGUGCACAGGAAACCAAGCUCAAAGUGCAGCCUCUUCUUCCAGAUGACAGCGCUGCAGACACUGUAGAAGCUUCUGACAGUGAAAAAGAGGACAUAAAAAGAACCUGCUCAGAGAGUAAAGAAAUAUCUAGCAAAAUUCAAGGUUUACCUUUAAAUGUGCAGUAUCAGAACCACAAGUGCUCUAGUGCGUGUCUUGCCAACAGAGCAGCGGGCUCCUACAAGGGUGAAAAUCCCCUGAAGAUCCCAAUCCUGUUUGACUUUCAAAGACGCCAUGCAAAAGCAGAUUACCUUUCAAAGUCACUGGACGUGAACUACAAAGCUCCUUGCGGUCGGAGUCUGAGAAGCUUUCAAGACGUGCUAAAUUACUUGUUUGAAACGGAGUGCAAUUUCUUGUUCGUUGAUCACUUUUCCUUCAACACGUACGUGCUGUUGAGCAGGAACACCAUGAAUCCUGAGCCCCUCGUGUUUGAGUUCGAUAUUAGCAACGGAGCCGAGUCUGUGCCUGUCUCCUUCUGUAACAACCUCGACCACGCAAGGUUGCCUUAUUUCAAGUAUCGGAAGUCAUCGUGGCCUCGUGGGUAUUAUCUCAACAAUUUCUCCAGCUUGUUUGUUGACUCCUGUGACUGCACAGAUGGCUGCAUCGAUAGGUCAAAAUGCGCAUGCCUACAGCUAACAGCAAGAGGCUGUAACAAAAUUCCUCUAUCUCCAAGCAGUAAAAGAUCCAGUGGAUACCAUUACAAAAGACUGGAGGGACCUGUUCCUAGUGGGAUCUAUGAGUGUAGUGUGUUGUGCAGGUGUGACAAGCUGAUGUGUCAGAACAGAGUUGUACAGCAUGGCAUUCAAGUCAGGCUGCAGGUGUUCAACACGGAGAAGAAGGGCUGGGGCGUCCGCUGCCUGGAUGACAUCGACAGGGGGACAUUUGUGUGCACUUACUCAGGCAGAUUAAUGAGCAGAGAAGUAUUGAGAGAUGCUGAACAAGAGCUGAAGGAGAAAGGUGCAGUGAAAGACAGAGGCCAUGACUUUUCUUCCAAAAAAAGGAAACUUGACAUCGAUCGUUCAGACUCAGUGAUUGAACUAGUGCAGACUGACAAAGAUGACAUUCUUGAGAAUCAGGAAUCUUUUUCUCAGACUGUGGAUAAUGAAAAUAAAUCAACCUUGGUUCAUCUAAACAACUCGAGUAAUGCUACUGUGAGAAGGCCUGGGACUAGAACACUUGUUUUUCGCAAUCACCAGCUAAAAAUGGUAGUGCACAGCGCCAGCUCAGAUGAAUAUGAAAGCUCUCAGAUUCAUCAGUCAAGCAAAACAAAACUAACCAGUGGAACAAAGAAAGGAAAAGAAAAAUCCACCCAGCAGCAGAAGGAAGAACAUCUGAUGGAAAUUGGACAGACUGAGUCUGCUGGUGUAGAGAGUGCAGGAUGCAAAAGAAAGAGUCUGUCACUGCAGGGUGUUGACUGUGGCAAGUCCAGUGUGCUGGAUAACAUAUGCGUUGUGAGGCCAUCCAACAAUGUACCCCUAAAAGCUGACUGCAAAGAAAACAGCAGGCAGCCAAAACAAGAUGCACUUCGUGAGGAGUCUGAUGGUGAUGGGAUGCUUCCCAAGAAUGCUAAUGAAGAAAAUAUUUAUGUACUGGAUGCCACAAAAGAAGGAAAUGUGGGUCGUUUUCUAAAUCACAGCUGCUGCCCAAAUCUCUUUGCACAAAGUGUGUUUGUAGAAACUCACAACAGAAGUUUUCCAUGGGUGGCAUUCUUCACAAACAGGCAUGUGAAAGCUGGAACCGAACUUACAUGGGAUUAUGGUUAUGAAGCUGGAAGCACGCCAGAGGCAGAGAUUUCCUGUCAUUGUGGAGUUCAGAAGUGCAGGAAAAAAAUCUUAUAAGCAAAGCUUUCCUAGUGUCAAUAUGUCUUGUUCCUGGGGAUUGAUAUACUAGAAGGGAUAAAUACUCAGCGAACAGCCCUCAAGUCCUUGGUGCUAAUUGCAUUCAACUAAAAUGCCUUUCACAUGAUGAUUUUUUAAAUUUGCUUUUAAAUGUCACUUUUGUAGUUUACAGAAUUAGAACUUUUUGUCCUAAGAACAGGAAUCAAACCUUUCCUAGGUAAUUUCUGUACUCCUGGUCUUCCUUGUCCCUCCUUCUAAUCCACAAGCAAAGUUGAUAGUACACUGGAAGAAUUCCUGCUCCAUGCCACCAGCAGCAGAGGCAUGACUGAUGAGAGCAACAGUUCCUUGGUGUUUUGUGUGUCCCUCCACAGUGCUGAGUUAGCAAAACUCAGGUUUCUGAAACUCAUUAUGAAUGCAAGAUUGCCUCUCUGGGCACUAGGAAUUGUUAAAAUACGCCUAAGCCUGUUGGAUCCAGUGGGACAAAUAGUCCUGAACAGAGACAAAAUGAAACAGAACAGUUCUGCAGAGCUGUGUUUGUGCUACAAAAUGAGCUGGACAAGUCCUGCUGCAGCUGGAGAGAAAUGACUGGGUUUCUUUGGAUUGCACCCCUCUCCACGUUUGUGACACACAGAGAAAUCCUUGAGAAAUGCAGUGUACCUCAUCUCAGUGCCAUAUUGCGUAUGGGACAGGUGGGCCACAGAAUUCCUUACCACAUGGUUUGUUGGUAAGAGAGAAACAAGCUAAAUUAGGAGACACGGAGUGCAAAAGCAGAAGGUGACUCUACGAUGGAGCGAGGGAUGGGUGUGCAGGUGUGUGGCUUUUAAAUGUGUUGGAGCCUUGGGCAAGCAAGGAGGUGUCACAGAUGAGCAAUUUAGCCGCUUGAAGAACGACUGCCAAAGGGUUCCAAAAAAUGGUUUUAUUAAAAAUGUUGUAAAAGUAAGAUGUAACAUAGUUUGGUAGCAGAGUUAACUCUGUUACUGACGAGGAUAUAUUAAUGAUUAAAACUUACCAAUAUAAAAUCUAUUGGCACCGUACAAGGCUGUGUGUGACAUCAGUUGCUUACCAGAGACCUGCAGCUGAUCCGAUGUCUCUCAGCCUCAAUGAGUAACAUUGAGAGCAUCCCGGCUCACAGGGAUCACUACCAUACAGCCAGCUGAAUAGCAUGACAGCUAAAAAAAGGCUCACUCAGGCUGUCACUUAUGGAAUAAGUGGUUAGCUUGAAGUCAAAUUACCUUUGUUGAAGAAGGUAAACAUGAGAGUCUUGUAGCUGCACUUUUCUUUGUUCCUCUAUAAAAGAGCAUUAGAAGAACCACACGCACUAUUCAUGUGUUAAUUGCAUAGUUGGUAUCCCAGAUUCCAAGUCCAUACGCCUCAGUGCUCACUGUGUCACCCUGCUCCUGUGGGCGUUUUCUCCUGUGGGCAGAGGAAUAGUUGGAACAAAUGAAGGUCUUGGCCUGGUUAUGUCCAAGCCUAUACUGCAAAAUGAAGGAGAAGCAGGAACCAGUUCUCAGUCCUGAGACCAAGAGGCAAUGGCUUAGGGUUCUGUUUUAAUUGGAUUGUAUCUGUACUUUGUAACUGUGGACAAACGUGGUAUCUGUGACCCUAAGUGGUGGGUUUUUUUAGUUUGUUUUGGAUGCUUCAGGCUUAAAAAUCAUGGGGUUCUAUUGUAAUACAUGAUGCUCUUGAAUUUUUCAAGUUUCAGCAUUCAUGAGGACUUUCAGCAUGUUAAAAGUGGACCUUUAACAGAGAUAACAGACCUGUGAACCAUUCUGCUCACAGUGAAACCACAGAUCUUCUCUCUUACAACUCUGUUGAGAGUUUGACACAUCCAUCAAGCAAAACUCCCCUCGGCUUUGGUCCCAGUCAUUGCACUCUGGGUUUGUGUGGGCUUUCACCACCCAUCUUCAGGGGUAAAUGCAAAGAGCCGAGUUACCACAGUAUGGGUGCUGUACCUCUUCAGGAGGUCAGAACUCUCACUCUCACCCUGAUCAGCCCAUGUUAGCUGAGGACAGCACUCAACCCCUUUGCUUUUUGCUUCACUGAAGAUCUGUCUCUACUCAGAGGGCAUCUGUCUUGGGGGAGCAUCCUUCAGUGUUAACCAGAGACACGCUAAAGUGUGUGACAAACACGCGGGUCACCCGGGAGCGGUAUUAGCCUUUAAACAAAUGGAAAUGCAGAAAACAUCUGUGUCUAUGCUUGAUUUGAAUGUGGAAAAGAAGAUGGGAAUGUUGUCAAAGCAUCAGGAGGGGGGAAAAGAAGGUACAUUUUACUGCUGUUGAUUAUAUAUUCCAGGUCAGUGGUAGGAAUUAAUGAUACUGGGCUGGUGAGGAAAAGCCCUCUUUCUUAAUACAGGAAAACAGACCUGAUGUUUCAAAAGAGGCAGCACUUACUUGCUCCAUGUGGUCUGCAACUGUGGGAGAGCCUGCUGUGAGUGUAAUGUCGCAGAAGGCAUGUGUAUGAGACAGGGCAUUUUGGCUAGCUGGGCUUAUCAGGCCUGUCUCCGGGCUGGUGCUUCUUCAUUUUCCUCCUCCAAACCAGAGAUCAUAACCUAUCCAUGAGCAAAAUCACCUUAGAUAUCUGCUUCUGUAAUAUUACUAGAACCAGUUCUGCUGAGGGUGUUCUGCAAGUAUCCUCUGCAGGUAAUGACCACCUGAGCUCUCUCUGCUCUGCUUGUCACAGCUCACAGUUGGGGAUGUUUCUGAGCACAGCCCUCGUGUCACCCGUGCAGUGUGUAGAAGCACCAGCACUGAUGGAAAAACAGGUGAAGAUAUUCCUAGUGAAGUACUCAAAAGCACUUGUGGAAAGACACGUUUGGGACUUCCCAUCAGCCUGUCGGGGCAUCAUAAAUGAAGAAUGCCUGGUGGGAAUUAGUUGCAUUGAGAUGUGAAUUGCAGCUCUUAAAGUGAGCAAGAUGGUCCCUAUGGAGGGACAGUAGGGAUGUAAGGAUGUAUAAGGGCUCCAUGGAAAUAAAUAUUAGUGUCCAAGAUAAGCAUACAAAUGUAAAGACAGAUGAAGAUCACUUACACCAUAAGUAUAAAAGAAACUGGACUGGAGCAUUUGAACUGAUUUUUUUUUUUACAAUAAAUCACUGAGUGUUAAUUUCCAGCUCUCAGUAUUUCACAGAACUAUAUGGCUUGACACUGCAACAGUUUGGAGGAAGAGCUCACAAGGGUUUUGGACUUGAUUUUGCUCCACAGAGAAUUUUUUUCUGUGUUGAAGAACAGACUUCUGUUAGGAAGAUUUUACUAGUUUUAAGAUUUAUGCACCUGUGGGUGCUUGAAUCAUGUUGACUCAUUUGAGUAACAUCUAGGUAAUAGAUCUGGGAAUUGGAAUUGUGUAGCAGCAUUUGGCUAAUAGAUGUAAUAAACGCCAAUC